AUGCCAGACGCCACAUUGCUUGAUUGUUUCCCGACGCCUUCGGAUACGCCGUUCGUGAUCGAGCACGUGAACGAGGAGUUCACCUCGGUGUGCCCGGUGACGGGGCAUCCGGACUUCGGGGAUAUCGUGGUACGGUUUGUGCCGCGGGCGGGGAAGGACGGGGGGGUGUGCGUGGAGCUGAAGAGCCUGAAGCUGUACUUCCAGUCGUUCCGGAACGAGGGGAUCUACUACGAGGCGGUGACGAACGCGAUCCGGGACGACCUGGUCGCGGCGAUGGGGCCGGUGUGGCUGCAGGUGGUGACGAUCUGGCGGGGGCGCGGGGGGAUCCGGAGCGUGGUCCGGGCGACGCAUGGGGAGGUGCCGGGGGAGUGGGUGGCGAUUUAG